GUCGGUGCUCAACCGGUGGCCCCAAAAGACGGCAAGUUCAAACUAAACUUUACGUGUACUCUUUAAAUCAAGAUCUAUUGAUUAAAUAAAUAGAAAAUGGCUGAAGAAGUUUUAAUUACGACGACAGGCACAAAAACAUCGCACCUUACCUCAUCCCUGCUGGCAGUGGCUUUCCUCACCUCCUUCGGUAGCUCUAUGCUAUAUGGAUACAAUCUAGCUGUAGUCAACUCUCCCGCUCUGUACAUUAAAGACUUCUAUAACCAAACGGUGAUAAGUCGAAAUGGAACCGGACUGAACGAGGAGGCCCUUACCCUCAUGUAUUCACUUACUGUUUCAGUGUUUGCAAUUGGAGGCCUCAUCGGUUCCUUGAUGGUUGGCACCCUGGUCACCAAAUUUGGAAGGAGAGGAACACUGGUGAACUCCACUGUAUUGGUGUUCCUAGCGGGAACGCUCAUGGGAUUCAGCAGGAUCUGUGGCUCACCUGAAAUGGUCAUCUUUGGUCGUUUUGUAACGGGGAUACAUUCAGGUAUCUCUCUCAGUGUGGUGCCCAUGUACCUUGGAGAAAUUGCUCCUAAAAACCUAAGAGGCUUUCUGGGGCUCGUGCCCAGCAUAUUCAUUUGCAUUGGAGUUUUUUCAGCUCAAAUCCUGGGCCUGCAUGAACUUUUAGGAAAGGAGGAGCACUGGCCCCUGUUUCUCUCCCUUGUGGUUGUCCCCACCUUUAUCCAGUUGAUGCUGUUGCCAUGGUUUCCAGAAAGUCCACGUUACCUGUUGAUUGAGAAGCACAAUGUUCAUGCCACGAUCACUGCGCUGAAAUGGUACAGGGCCAAAUGUAACAUCCAGGAAGAGAUAGAGGAGAUGCAGGAGGAGCAACGCUCUCUGUCAUCAAUGGAGACUAUAUCUGUCUGGCAGCUGCUACUGGACCACACUGUUCGCUGGCAGGUCCUUUCUGUGGUGGUUAUCAACAUCGGCAUGCAGCUCUCUGGUAUUGAUGCGAUUUGGUUUUACACCAACGACAUCUUUGAGAAUGCUGGGAUUCCAGCCCCUGAGAUCCAGUAUACCACUGUAGGAACUGGGGCAAUAGAGAUUAUUGCAGGCCUUGUUGGGUGUUUCACCAUUGAACGUCUGGGGCGAAGGCCAUUGAUUAUUGGGGGAUUUGGCUUCAUGGCAAUGUGUUGUGCUGGGAUAACACUGUCUCUCAUUCUUCAAACACACGUGUCGUUUAUGAAGUAUGUAAGCGUGGGGUGUGUGGUUGGAAUUAUCGCUGGAUUCUGUAUAGGGCCAGCGGGUGUACCAUUCCUGAUCACAGCAGAGCUCUUUAAGCAAUCUCAUCGUCCAGCUGCAUACACUGUUGGAGGGUCUCUUAACUGGAUGUCUAACUUCACUAUCGGCUUCAUCUUUCCUUUUCUGCAGAUGUCUGCUGGGUCAUACUGCUAUCUGGUGUUUUGUGCCGUGUGUUUGACUGUGGCCAUCUAUGUGUACUUUGUUAUUCCUGAGACUAAAAAUAAGACAUUUGUAGAGAUUAGUCAAAUGUUUGCAACUAAAGAGGCUGUGGAGGAGAGUCUGGCCCUUGGUCACCCAGACCAACUCAAACUGAAAAAGAUGAAUGGAUAUGGAUCACUUGAAAAUGGUUCGCUUGAAUUUGACAGCUCAUCCUCCUGUCCUUGACCUCUAAUAUAACGCCAGAGAGGACCUUAAGAAAUCUGAGAUGUAAGCACAACACCUGAAUCAAUGUCAUGUCUGAAUGUCAUGGUUAAGCAGAUUUUGUAUUAACGGUUGUAUUGUUGGCUUAUUGUAGGUUUACUAGACCUAAAAAACUGAAAGAAACUUUCUUCCAUCCGUUGUCCAGUUUUGUCAGUAGUUUGAUGUAGUAUGAACAUUGAGAGCAUUGUAUAAUGCCUUGUGUCAUAAACAUAUGUUUUGUUUUUUGAGAACUUUAUGACAAGAAUAUUAUGAAAUCGCAAACUACAUUUUUAGGCUAUUUAUCAUGUUUAUAUAAUAACAUGUAUGUUUAUAUUAUAACAAAUACAUAUACUGUAUAUAGGCCUUAUAUAAUUCUUUUUAAAGGAUGAUGUCUUUGAGAGUUUAUACCAUGUUUUGAUUAUUUUAAAGAUUAUUUUGAAUGUUCUUACCAGUGCAAGUACUUGACAUAUGCUUUAUUAUGGUUUAUACCAUAUAAAACUGCCACAGGUGUAAAUUCGUGGCUGGUUUAUGACUGUCAAAUAUGUAAUGAAUCUUAGACUACAUACUGUAUUUGAUCUGAGUUUGCAAUAGUUAGUGUUGAAAAUAUGAUCAAACAAACUGAAGAGCUUAUAUAAUAAUAUACCGUUUAUAUACUAUAUUUUACUUCAGUUGUACUAAAAGUAUUUAAAACUUUAAAACACACCAAAUAAAAGUGUUUUAAUGAC